AGUCCACAGCAGUCACCAGAGCUUAGAUUAGGGUUUUGAGAUUCUCACAUUUUGGCUUCGCACAGAGAGCAAUCGAUCGAAGAAAAAAAAAUGGAGGGCGGAGACGACGGAGGGAUAGAUAGAGUGGUGGACUCGAAGGACUUGCAGCAACAGAGCAAAGCCCUCGACAAGCUCACCGACCGCGUCGAAGAUCGCCAGCUGGACUCCACUCGCGUCCAAGAGGCGAUGGCGUCGAUCGCUGCAUCAGGGGAAGCGGACUGGAACGCUGCGAGAAUGAGAGAGAAAGAACUGGCUGCAGUUAAGAUCAGGGCAGCGGAUGUUGACAUAAUUGCAAAUGAACUAGAGGUUGGGUACGUAUUUGACGCCAAAUGA